CUGGGAGCGUCCACCCGCCCACCACUGGUAUGGCUACGUCCUCGCAGUACCGGCAGCUGCUGAGUGACUACGGGCCACCGUCUCUUGGCUACACUCAGGGAACUGGGAACAGCCAGGUGCCCCAAAGCAAGUAUGCCGAGCUGCUGGCCAUCAUUGAAGAGCUGGGGAAAGAGAUCAGACCCACCUACGCGGGCAGCAAGAGCGCCAUGGAGAGACUAAAACGAGGCAUUAUCCACGCUAGAGGACUGGUUCGGGAGUGCUUGGCCGAAACGGAGCGGAACGCCAGGUCCUAGCUGCCUCGACAGCACAGAAGGUUUUCCAUCUUCUUCCAAGAAGUUACAGCUCAUCUCCCCUGCUCAGAUGAAACUUGUUUUCAGAAUGGUGACAGUUUUGUUUCCCCUCUCCGGGCCCCUCCCACGGCUCAUUAGGCUCCGAACCUACAGUCUCUAAGAUCGAGAAGACAUUUCGCAGUUGAUUAGGAUUUACAUUUUAAAUAGUUAGGAACUACCCAGGGUUUUUUUUCCGUUCGUUAUUUUUUUUUUUAUGCAUUGAUUCAAAAGAUGCACGUAAAGUUAUCUAUCUCACAGCAAACUGUAGUUUGCCUCCAAGAUACUAGAGUUUCUCUUUGAACACAUUUACGUUGCCCAGAUUGUCCGUUUCUUUUCGUAAGUUAGUACAACUCUAAGAGUUUCGUUUUCAGUGCACAAAUAGCACGCUUCACCUAGUAGCUGGUCCCGUUUGCCGUACGUAUAGAUUCUGCUUAAAGUGACUUCUUUUUGCUUAAGCAUUUGCAUGACUGUUAGUGCUUUGAAACCAAUUUUUGAAAUGCACAAGUUAUAAAUACAGAAGAAAGAGCAACUCAUCAAACCUAACCUAACAAGGACCCCUGAAAUUUUUCCUAAGACUGUAUGUAGAUUUCAGUUCCGCCCUUCCCGUAAGUUGACCCAAACAUCUGGAAGAAAAUGACUAACACUGUUUGCAUCUUUGUAUGUAUUUAUUACUUGAUGUAAUAAAGCUUAUUUUCAUUAACAA